AAAUAAUAGGAGUUUGUGGGGCUGGUGAGGCCAGGAGACUUUAUAAAGACACACCAUGACACAUCAAAUAAAAUUUAUUUGAUGUGCAUGGUACAUAGACCAACAGUGUUAAUAAGCUUCCAGAACAACACCUUCACUGAAAGGGCACACAAUGGUGGCAGCCGGGGCCAAAGACUACCUAAAGGGCAGGCAUUGGAUCCGCAGACGGAUAAUUUAGUGUAAUAGGAAAAGUGAUGUCUGUUGCAUGCUACCUGUUUUGUAGUAAUUACUACGAGGGUGUGCAGUAAUCCACACCCAGACAUUACGAUCGUAGACAACCCGUGUCAAGUCGGACACAUCGGACACGGAACAAUUGAUACGGAUGUAUAGAAAAAUUUACUGACAACAUCACUCCAUCAAUGUGAUGUGGUAUAGAACCAUAUAUAGUAUCGAAGGUGUUAUCGGUGUGUAGAUUCCAGUCUGGAUGGAAUUGGUGAAGGAGCUAUUGUUUAAUUCACUAUUGUUAGAUUUGACCUUGACUUUAAGAACAAUGGAGAUGUUGUUUUACUGAAGUGUAUACAGUUCCAUUUAUUACUCAGAUUCUGUUAUGGACGAGUGAUUGACUUUAAACAGUUACUUAUAAACGGUUGCUAAAUUUAUACAAAAUAAUGACUAACUUGGAUUGCCAGUAUCUAAAACUUAGUGCAGGAUGAAUCUAUGGCACUAAAAUUAUCUUGAUUGUGACCUUGGAUUAUUUUCAAUAUAAGCAGACACAAAACUAAGACUAAUUGGAUUUAGUACAGUGCAAUCAAAUGGAUUAUAUGACAUUGGGUUUAGUACUGUGAAAUCAUAUGGAUUAUAUGACACUGGAUUUAGUACAGUGAAAUUAUAUGGAUUAUAUGACAUUGGAUUUAACUGUUCAUUUUUAUGACAAUAUUUAUGAACUUUGAUUCAAUGGCCUUGAGUAUACUAAAAAGCUAAAUUAGUGUUAGAUAUGACUUUUACUAGAAUGUGCUAAAGCUACUGCAGCUUUGGAUGAAGUUCUGAUUCUGCACGGAAUACGUGGAUGAAGUUCUGAUUCUGCACGGAAUACAACCUUGAAUAACGUCACAUUAAAUUGGGCAGUGAAGAAGCAUGUUUUACCUGUGUUGUAUAGCUUCCAAUGUUUUCAGUGAUAAGGAUGGAAUGUGACCACAUCAGAAUUUUGAUGAAAUGAUGUUUUAUUACAUACUGAGCGUAGCUAUCUCGUGUAAAUCACGAUUCAGUGUCUCAGAUACGUAAAAUCUGUGAAAUAAAAAUCUACACUUUCCCCAUAAAAAAUUACAUGUAGCCAUGUGCUGCCUGAUAUCGAAGGUACACAUGACAACGUCUGAUAACUCAUAUCUGAAGUGAGUUGUGCCGUGGAUGAUCAGGGAAGCAGACGACACUUGAAAGAUUUUUAAAAAACUGAAAAGAAAUCAUUUAAAAAUCAAGGAAAAAUAUGAGUAAACUUCAUUCACUUUGAAAAAAUAUAUAGACUUUACUAUGUUUUUUGACAAAGUUUCACUGGAUUUUUGUUUUGUUUAUUUGUUUGUUGAAUGAUUUUCUAAAUAGCAGAUGACAGAAUCUUUCUUGGAAGAGAACAGACCAAUCUGUUACCUCGCCAAUUUAAUAGAAUCAUCUAUGGAAAACGCUGUGUAUAUUCUACACAUUCUUAAAUGCGAUGACCUUUUAAAAAUGAUGACAUAUGGAUUGACAAAUGUAACGCUGCAUAUAUCAGAUGGCAGUGCAAUAGAUACUAAAAGAGUAAAGUCAUUUUAAUGUGGGUCAUAUCAAAAACUAAAAUUUGUGUGGUGUUUCUGUAUCACAUGGAAAGUUGUACAAUCCACAAGGAAUAACAUUAAUGUGUUUGGUGAAAAUUGAUCCAGAUUUAAAAUUUUGCUGUGUUAUUUCCAGAAGAUAAUUUGUUUUCUAAGGAACACAUAUAAACAGUUUAUGAAGCAUGGUGGACCCAUUGCUAGUGAGGACAGAUUGAAAGAAAUGCACAUUUGAUUUCCAAAACAAAAAUCACCUAAGUCGGCCACCUAUGAUUCAUGGUGUGAUAACAUUAUAUAACAGAAGUUGUUUUCAGUUUUUAAACAAAGUUUGCACUAUAUAUCAACAAAGCUAGUGACAUUGAGCAGACGGCUCCCACAGGGACCUUUUUCAUCAACUACAAUGAGGGAGCAGAAUGCUUUAUCAGUAAAUUGAUUAAUAGAUAUCACCUUGCCCUUUAGAGGCGAACACAUGUAUGCUUUAGCGGUUAGGUUAUGAGUACGUGCAAACAGGAUAUAUGCUCGUGUUUCAAGGUGUGUAAUAGUACUGUGCUGGGGUUUACAUAGGCACGUGUGGAUUCGGCCGGAGUGAAGAAGGCAAUAUGGUUUUUACCAGUAGAUGACUUUAAUAUCUUCAUUGAACCAGUGGGUGUAUUAAUGUGGAAGUUACUACCGAUUAGUCCAGCAGAUAUGUAGUGUUUUUGUGUUACAACCAAAAGACAUUUUCUUCUUGGGAUCUUCAUUUACAACGAGAAUUAAGAAACCAGAAAAAUGAACGAAACGGAGAAAGUGAUAUGGCGACACCAUAAUAACCAGGGUCGGAGGACUCGCGACCCAGCACGUAGAGCUACAGUGGUAACCUAUAAUCCUGGGAGUGUGUCCGGAGAAUAUGAGGAUUCGGACACCAUGUCCAAUAUUGAGGGACCGGUCAGUAAUUUCUCCAGAGGCGGGUACAUGCGGUCAAGUCUUCCCAUCGUGCGGUCACCCCCAAACACCUAUGAACGGCCUAUGGGAUUCGUGUUUCUUAUUUACCGAGAGGAAACACGACGUGCUGUGUUACCCAAUGAAAUCACCCACCUCGAUACAGUGCGGGCCAUGUUUGUACGGGCAUUUCCACAGAAACUAAACCUGGAAAUAUUGGAGUCGCCCCGCAGAAAGAUCUACAUCUUAGAAACAAAAAGUUCUAUUUACUACCAACUGGAAGAUUUACGGGACAUCCGAGACCGAGCGGUACUGAAGAUUCAUGAAUGUGACAGUUUUGAGCCCCAGAAGAUCAAGGAGCCAGCCCCAGAGAUAAGGGGCAAGCUUGUGCAGCCCCCAGCGGGACAGAGGGGACCAGGGUUCCCUGGGGAGUCACCAGCUACAGCCAUCACCGACCAUGUACGGAAAGCCCAGACAAUGCCUGCUAGUAUGGCUCAUUCUUAUCCAACUUACGUGGAAAUGGAGUAUGAAAGGCCAAGAUCGCAAACACCUGACCCUGCCCGUAUGUCGAGGGGUCAAGGGUCAUCAUCCGGGACAUAUGGCAGAGUCAUGUACCAGUCUCCAGAGCGCCAACUUUCACUUGAGCGACCUAACUUGAGACCUAUUCCAGAAAACCAUCAGAUGCAUAAUGGCUACAUUCCCAACAACAAGGUUUCCUAUGAUGAUACAGAUGGCCGCAACCAACCUAUAUAUGGCCAUUUGCAGAGCAGUCGAAGUCAGCCUCCACCUGGGGACCCCUUACGGAGAGCCCUUUCCCCACCCCCAACUGGUGCAAUUUCGCAGGACUAUGACCAUUUUCGAGCACCAGGAGGGCCAGCACCGGGAGCACCACCUCAGACAUAUGUCGCCCAUGGGACACGAGCUAGCAGUGUGUCAGCACCACAGAGGGCUACAGGCCCGGGGACAGACCCCAGACAAGCCAUGCAUAACAACCGCCAUUCUUUAGCUUUCACUCCUAUGGCUGAUAAAACAGUAUCUCCCACCAAACCUCCUGUCACAAACGGAGUCCCGAGAUCUCAGAGUUACAGAGUUGUCCCAGACACGGAGAGAUCAGUACCUUUACCACAGCGACCACGCAGCGUGACCCCUCAACCUGUGCCGCCUGAUGUAGACUCAAAGUAUGAUGAUUGGUUUCGUAUGGACAAGAUGGAGGCACAGAUUGCAAAUCUGGCUGCUUGGGUACAGACAGCUGUGGUUUCCACCAACUCCAGUCGUGCCAGUAGUGUCCGAAGUGGAGCUAGCACUACUCCAUCUGACAUCGCUGGCUCACAGUUUGGGAGCACACCUGGAAAGGUAGAAGAGGAAGGUGAAUUUGAAACCAAAGGUUUAUCCGAUCUUUCGACUGCCUCACAAACGACCUUGACCCCGGGAAUUAAAGAGGGAAUCCUCAAUAUCAAGAAGCAGACGACAGAACUGCGCUCUGAUUUACGUAAUAUACGACGUCUCCACCAACUGAACAAGGAAUGCAUACAAGAGUCGAUUCAAGAGACAUUACAGAAAAUUACCAAAGUGCUGUCAUCUGUACCAGGUACAGAAAACCAAGUACUACGAAAACAACGCAGUGAAACAGAUGUCCAUUUGAAGUCCUAUGUCAGUGACAAAGCUAUGGCCUUUAGGGAACUCAGUGACCUUGAGGCAUGUGUGGAAGAACUUCGGUUUGACGUUUUGUCAAGGCAUUGUCUCGUCAACAUGGCUGAUGUGGAGGGUAUGGCCCUUCUUCUCAGUCAGGUGGCUCGGUGUCUGGGAGAACUCAAAGGUCUGUUUCCAUCUCUGCAAGAAGAAGUUAAGCAUGUUCUGGCCGGUGAAAUGGAGGUCGUUGUGAAGGAAGAAAAAUUCCUCAAAGAUGAACCAGAAAGUGUGGAAGAAGGUUUGAAACGCUGCAAGAAGCUUACAAAUACUCUAUUUACAUUAAAAAGGCUUGCAUCGGUCCAGGAACAUCGUCCCCAUCAGAAGACUGGUCAGACAUUAGGAGGUCAAGUUCCAACAGACAGUGACCGCAAACAUCUCCUGGAGAAUAUUGUGGCCUUGGUCCCCGAUCACAACGCUCGAUUACAGAAACUUGAGGAAGCAGAUGCAUCUAGAGAGAGAAAGAAGAAGAUAGUUGUUAAACAAGAAGCUUUAAAAUUUGGACGGUCACUGGAAAUGGCAACUCGUAGUCUAAAACCAGCUUCCUCCAAGGAACAGUUGGAAAAAGGACCAGAGGUGACUGCUGCUCAGGGUAAAGAUUCAAAUCCCACAGGGUCAAAGGUCAAAGGGUCACCAAUUCUUGUACAUAAACCUACCUCAAGUACAAUGGAUGCAACAACUAAAUCAUCUUCUCUUCCACCGAGUACAGAUAAAUACAAAGGUGAGACUAUUCGAGACACAGACCAGAGUGAACCUCGGCCAUUCUUAACGGAGAAAAGUCGUUCAUUGGACAAUCAACUUGAUGCAAGAGAUCUUGUGGUGUCUGAUUCAUCGGUGAUGAGAAAGCCAGCUGUCGUUGUCAGUGCAGAACUGCCACCUGCCAGUAAGUGUUUGCCUGUUGAAGGCUCUAAAACAAAGGGCGACAGAAUGGCAGCUGGCAAACCGCAAUCAGCUAACGGUAAAAAUGGGAGUUCCAAACGAUCCAAAAGUGUUGACAGUGGUGCGCUUGAAGAUAAAGAUGUGAAACGGAAUGCAGAAAUUUUAAGAAUUCAAAAAAAUGCUGCACGAGCCAAUUUCUUCAGUUCAAUCACGACUCCUCCGACUUCUCCUGAAGAGGAGAAGAGACCAGUGUCUUCUCCUAAUGGGGCUAAAGUUAUGGACUAUACUGUAAGAAUUUCUCCAGUCAAGGUCACUGUGUCAGGGGAGACCCAAUACACUGUAACUCCCUCAGGCUCAAACACACAACGGAACGCAGGGUCAAGCUCCUCUGGGAAGCCUACCUUCUUGCCAGUUUCCUCAAAAAAGGAGAAAUCAGGGGAGAGUAAAAGUGUCACACCCUCCCCCACUACUCCUAGUUAUAUAAUAACACCUGGGGGUACGCGUGUUAGUAGCAUUCCAAGGAUUUCUCCUCAAAAAAUUUCAUCUGGUGCUUCUGUUCAAAACCGUGAUACAAAUGAACCAAAGACUUCAUCAUCACCAUCAUCUAAGGACUCCGGGUCAUCAAGUGCAAAUGGAUCAUCAAGUGCAAAAUCUAAUGGAAAAGUUACAGAAAAAUUAGACAAGAAAGUAAGUUCAGACAAUAGUGCAGACGGGAGACAGAAAAGACCACCUCCUCCACCACCUCCCAGAAAGAGCAGUAGUCGCCCAAGUUCUUCCAUAAAUCCGCAGGGGCAAGUAUCUCCGGUCCAUUCGGAGACUGACCCUCAGGACUCGAGUGUUGUGACAGGGCACCGCAUGGGGCCUGCACUCAAUGUUGGCACUCUCACAUCGACACCAAAGGCGGGCAUCACACACAAACCUACGACCAAAUUUGAAAAAGAUUUAGCUGGUGGCAAAAGUGUGAGUAGCCUAGGUAACGGGGAUAAGAGGCGAACAGACACUCAAUCGGCAAAGACAGAUACAGUAGAAACUCCCGUAACAAAAUCAGAAAAAUCACCGGCGGCCGCAUUGAAAUUUGACGAUGCAUCUGACCAAAGUGAGAUGGCUACGAGACGCGAGGAACGGGAGGGAAGUAGUGAAAGCACUACAAGUUCAAGUUCACUAGACUCACAGCAGGGUACUAUUGUCCUGCGAUGUACCAGUAAAACAAAUCGGAAACCCAAACCUCCGCCUCCAGCACGGCGGUCUAGUCUGCCACUAGGCAAUAAUCCGCCUGUAGAGAAAACUCACGGUAGUCGUGGAAAGUCGAAGGUGAACGGGAGGAGGGAGAGCGAAGGGGAUGUGGGCUGAUGUUACUUAUUGUGUGGGAACUAUUACUAGGAUUUUUAUGAGAUUGCUGGUCAUAAUAUGUUAAUAUAUGCUGUCACACUGCCAUCUUUAAUCAAUUCAUGAAUUAAUGAGGAAAAAGGGACUCGUUUUUCAGAAAUGUUUAUUUGAAUGAAGUUUCACUGCCAUGUAGGUGCCUCUCGGCUCUGAUUGCUCCUGUUACUCUACCUGUAUAUGAAAGCUGUUUAUUUCACCUUUCACUUCUUCAUGUCAUUCUACAUAACUAGAUACUGUUUAGGCUUCUCAAUAUCAGAGCAAAAAGGGCGAUAAUUAUUCUAAUGAGUAGAUUAUAAAAUAUUGAAGGUAACACAUAAAGAGGUAUAUUCAAACAAUAGCAAAAAAUAUUAUGAGCUACAUUUGACUACUUUGACUUUAGAAACAUUUCUUAAUAUAAAAUUUUAAACAAAAUAUAUCUGUAAAUUAUAACAAUGAUUACUGGGUUUUCCUUGCUUUUCAUACAUUUUCAUCACUUACUUUAUGGAGAUUUGUUAUCAAUGCAUGCUGAUUUUUUCACUGUGGAUAUUUAAAAACUCAAUUUCUUCAGAAAACAAUUCAUAAUCAUUGCAUGUUUCUUUUGAAAUCAGAACCAUGAAAAUAUGCUGAACUUAUAAUUGUUAUACAAUGUAUCGAAAAUCAAUUUCAUUAAACUAAGUUGAAAAUUUAAAUUCACUCUAGAGAAAUUAUACCGAGAUAUUUUAAAGCUGAGAACACUGCAUUAUAUCUACCAUUCCUCAUAGAUGAAAAAUAUACACUGUGUGUGUAUCAACAUUCCAUGUAUCAUGUAGGGUUAUGGAGUUAUCUCCCCUGGAUUUCCUGUCCGAGUUAAAUAUAACAUCCAAAUAUCAUGUAAGUCAUGAAAAUCUUGUAAUGAUUCUCAUUUUAUUUGUUAGAUUUCUAAGAUCUCACAAAGUUUGACUUAUAUAUGGGUCAGUGUCAACAAAUUAGCCCAAAUGUUGCAAUUUAAAGAUAAGAAAAGUGUAUCAACUGCAUAAUGAUUAUUAAUCACUACCAGUACUUACAAUAUCAUGUUCUGAUUCAGUAACAGGAUUUUUUUUUUUUUUUUUUAUUUCGGGAAGUGCUUAUGAAAAUAUUUCCAUUUGAUCUUGUCCUUAACACUUAAGCCUUUGCUUUAAUCUGAAAUAUGUAAGUACACAUGAAACUGGAUAUUCUGAUAAGCUAUACUGACCCUGCAGUGUACAGUGACAAUUAGCUUUGUAGCAGCUUUGAUUUCUCAAGUUUUUUCGCUAUCCCAUGAUAAUACAAUGGAAUUUUGUACCUUCGCUUACCCCAGUAAAACGCUAUGGUAACUUUGUACCUCGGCUUACCCCAGUAAAACGCUAUGGUAACUUUGUACCUCAGCUUACCCCAGUAAAACGCUAUGGUGACUUUGUACCUCGGCUUACCCCAGUAAAACACUAUGGUGACUUUGUACCUCGGCUUACCCCAGUAAAACACUAUGGUAACUUUGUACCUCGGCUUACUACCCUAAUAAAACUCUAUAUAUGAACUAGAUAAUGCAGACUUGCCUAGUAGUAGUUUAUAUAUAAAUUAUGUGUACGGUUGUGAUUUGACUAAAAGCCUUCAUCCCAGAAUGUGGAAAUUAAAGUGCAAUAUUUUGAUUAUAUGUCUGAUGGGACCUCAUUAAUUAAAAACUAAUAACCUGAGUAUUUAAUGUCUAAACUUUUUCAUGACACUUUAUUUAAGUGAUAUAUACCUAUUUUAUAGAUAUAUACACUCUCGGAAAUUAAGUCAUGUUUUUCUUAUAACUCCAGAAAUAUCAAAAGUACAUGCUUUUCUCAGAGGGUUGAAAUGUUUUUAUUAAUGAGGUUCCUUAUGUUAGCGGAUUGACAUGUAGAUAUAUAUAUAUAUCAUAUAGAAAGUUAUAUGGAUGAUAUUAUUAUCGUAAGUUAUUGGAAAAUUAAGUAAUUAAUAAUGAAGAAAGUUUGACAUGUUGGUGUACCUAUAGUAUUGUGAUAUAUUGUGUGUGAUGUCCGUUGUGUAGGAUACCGUAAUUUACCUGAUAAACACACCAUGCUCUAUUAUUACCAAACAUCUGAUUUCUUUGAUGGAAAGAAAACGUGCUCCUGGUUUUUUCUGUAAAAAUAUUUCACUCUGUCCAAAGAGGUUAUAGAUAACAUUCAGUUUUCAGAAUUGACAGCAAACUUCACAUAAGAUCGUUAGUGUUUGUAACUCAUCUGAAUAAAGAACAAAAUUAUAACGAUAACAAAAAUAUUUUAGUUGCAUAAGAUAUAAAUAGAAGUUACACAACGAGUGGUUGUUUGAUAUGGAAUUUAUUUCACGCGAGUAAGUUAUUUUUCAAAAGUUACAAAAUAUUUUUUUACACAAGUUUUGGCGAGUGUCUUUUGUAACUUUUAAAAAAUAACUUACGAGUGUGAAAUAAAUUCCAUAUCCAAAAAUCACGAGACGUGUGACCUGUUUCUACCACAAUAAUAUCGGCUUGAAUCAAAGGGAAACAUUGCCAAGUCUUAUUUCGCGUAUACAAAUAAGGUGUACAGAUGACGGCCGGCUGGGACCCGGUGGUGUGACGUCUUUCGAUUAUUGAUGACGUCAAUUACAAUUGCAGCUUGGGUCAAAGUUCGAAUUAUUGACCAAUCAAAAGACCGGAAGGUCAUAUUCCACUAGUGGUAUAUAACAUAUAUUUAUCCAACACUAUGAACAGUCAAUCCACUUAUACAAUGGCUUGAGAGUGGAAUAACACAGAGUAUUGUGGUAGAAUACAUAGUACCAUAUCUAUUCCAUUAAAAGCCCAUGUCAAGUACAAGCCCACCUACAUCUCUCUGUUAAGGAGUAUAGCCAGCUGUUUGUUUAUCUGCAGUCUCCACUCCUGACUUAUAAUUAGACUCAACAUGGAUGUGUCCCGUGGGUAUUUCGGAAUAAAUAUGGUACUGAAUUUUCUCUACAUUCACCAUGUUUGUAUGUAUAGAUACAGUGUGUUUUUUUAGGUGAACUACCAUAAAUAUACCAAUGUAUAAAUUUUGCCGGAUGUUUAACAGUGUAUAGAGAUUAUAGGCAGAUAUAGGAUCAGGCAAUGUAAUGUUUCACAAGCAAAUUGUUACUUAAUUGGUUGGUUUUCUCGUGGUUAUCCAUACAAUUUAUAGCAGUUAUUCUGGUGGUGAUCCGUAUAAGUUAUAGCAGUCAUUCUAGUGGUGAUCCGUAUAAGUUAUAGCAAUCAUUCUAGUGGUGAUCCGUAUAAGUUAUAGCAAUCAUUCUAGUGGUGAUCCGUAUAAGUUAUAGCAGUCAUUCUAGUGGUGAUCCGUAUAAGUUAUAGCAGUCAUUCUAGUGGUGAUCCGUAUAAGUUAUAGCAGUCAUUCUAGUGGUGAUCCGUAUAAGUUAUAGCAGUCAUUCUAGUGGGGAUCCGUAUAAGUUAUAGCAGUCAUUCUAGUGGGGAUCCAUAUUAGUUAUAGCAGUCAUUCUAGUGGGGAUCCAUAUUAGUUAUCGCAGUUAUGUUACUUAUGGCUAUGAGUAUAUAUGAGAUAGAUAAUAUGGUACAUUACCAACCUCCAUAUAGACUUAAAUCGAUCUAUAAAUGGAUAUUCUACACAAGUCAUGAUUUCACAUGAUAGGUUUUAUAUCAAUACGAAUUGCACCAAUUAGGAUACUUACUGAUCUCUGAUGUUCUUAUGAAAAUUGUAUGCUUCAAUUGAUAUACCCUAUAUAUAGCAGGUCAUUUAUAAAUAAAAAUAGGGAAAAUGACAUUUAACAAACACGAUUAAUGUAUGAUAGCCGUUGGAAUGAUAUUGAUGGUUAAUUUGCUUGUUUACAUUUAAAGAUCAAUGUAUGAUGGCCGCAAUUAAAAUCAGGAAUGCUAUCGAUGGUGAAUUUGCUUGUGAAAUCAAUGAUGGCCACUAUAAGUAAAAUCUGGAAUGCUAUUGAUGAUGAAUUUGCUUGUGAAAUGGAACAGGCCUGAUCAUUUACAGUAUUUACUGAUCAACGAUUAACAGGAUAGUACGGGUAUACACCGACAGACGACACAUUUUGGGAGAAAUUCCAACCAAAUUAAUUUUGAUGUGCUUGCUUGUUUUAACAUUAUGAAAGAUUUCCUGCCUUCUUUUAUUUACAAAUGAUUUAUAUAUUACUGAAAAUAGUGUACAGUUUCUGUUUCUACCGAGUGAGGGAUGCUAUAAUGAUCGAGCUGAAAGACUUAAGAGGCUUCAGGUCUUGAAAUAGUACCGUAAAUAUAUCUAUUUUGAUUCACUCACAUCUUAGCAUAUAACUAAAUUUAAACAAUAGUUAAAGACAAGAAUAUACAGGAACUGCAAUGACCACAAUCCUGAUUCAGUAGAAAGUUUGCAGCAUCAAGAAUCUGAAAUAUUUACAUUUAAAGUCAUUUCAUCACCUACUGUCAUUAUCAUUCAUCUGAUAGAACUUACAAUUGUGUAGAGGCGGAGGACUAUUGUUGAAGAAUUACCUUGUGCAGUUUUAUUAAGAUACAUUUACAAGAGAAAAUUGAAUUACAUGAUGUAAAGUAACACAGUAUAUUACAUUGAUAAUGAAUAAGUAGUAUUUAAAUCAGUGACAUUCAUUAAUUCAUGCUUACCACAGAUUAAUCAAGUUUCUAUGUAAGUUGCUUGCAUGUUUAUGUAUAAUCAUCCAUCACCCCUAAAGACCAAAUAUGGACUUGCCCAGGCCAAAUUAUGGAAGAGUCAAAAACUGUUCCUCAGGGGUGAAAGGAUCAAGUUUGAAGAGAAAAUCAUUUCAUCAUAAUUUUGUAUGUGUGUUACUGAAAAAUAGUUUUCCUAUUUUAUGUGAAAGUUUUUCCUUGUCUCAGUUGUUACCUGUGUAAGUAAUAGGAUUUCCAUACGAUUAUUAGAAUUAAACUGCCAAUGUAUAAUAUGUCACAUCUACAGAAUAAAUGCAUGGUUACAAAGAGA